AUGGCCGGCAUCAGGAAAUGGAUCCGGAGCAAGCUGCAUUCCAAACCCAAGGCCAAGAAAAGAGUGCAGCAGCCAGUGCGCGAGCAUCAAGAAUCGCUCCCCUUUCUUCCUGAGACACGCCGACCGUUGACACGAGGGUCAGCUCAUGGGGAUGAGGAACCGGAUUUUUCACUACUUCUGCAAAACUACGGGCUGUUCGGCCGUGUGCCGUACGAAAUACGCCGCCAGAUCCUCGUCGAAGCGUUUGGCGGGCGGACGUUGCACGUGGAUUUAUCGUACCGUCACCCGCUUGUUCGGAAGCCACGAAGUGCGGGGACAUCCGGAUCCGGAGAAAAUGCGAGGGCAGAAGUAGCGGCGCGGGGAAUGCAUCAUCGGCACUGCGAUCUGGGCUCGGAACUGGUGUCCGAUACCUCUCGGCCUCGGGCGUGGCAGUGGUUCGGCUGCGUUUGCCACAGGCGCACUGGGUAUUCCGAAAUCGAGGUGGAGCAGAGAUACGCGGCUAACAAAUUUUCGAGAACGAUAGAGCCUUGUGACGACGAGUGCCUCGAGGAAUCCGAAUCAGUGUGCAGCUGUCAAGUGGAGCAGUCGGAUAGUAGUGACGGUGCUGCUUGUUUCGUGGGGGUCAUGGGAUGGCUUUUGGCUUGUCGACAGGCCUAUGCCGACGGCGUCGACGUCCUCUACAGCACAAACACUCUCCACUUCUCGAGCCUGGAUUUGCAACUCAACCUGACACGCCUUAUUCCCCGUCACCAUCUGGAGAGGAUUACAUCCCUCGAGCUCCUGUGGAAGCUGAAUAGCACCGAGAUAAGGCCCGAAGUACCACUUCCGAACCAUGUCAAGCCCCUCUGGGACGCCGGUCCAGAUUUUCAGGGUCAUCCAGACUCCCCACUCCACAUCCUUUGCCAGAUGAUACCACAGACUUUUCCGCGCCUCCGCCGCCUCUACAUCUCGUUUCAGUGCUGGCUGGAUUCGGGCUCUCAUGGAGGUGCGGAUCUCAUAUCGGAUGUCGAAACUAUCUUCCUCGGCCCUGUGGAGGAUAUGAUGCGGGCUUAUUUGCUGGAGCGAUCAAGGCAGGAGGGACGCGACCACGGCCACAACCUCAGUCACGGUUACGGUGAUUUGGAGCUCAAUGCGGCGAUCCAGUGGGGCGCGUGGUUUACCUUGCUGAAGAAGUACAUGCAGCUGGAGGGGACCAAAUUAAAAUUCGAGUCGGACGAUUUCAUGGCGUGGCGUGGCAGAUUCUGGAAGCCGCUCCGGCUCGGCAGUGACGUUGUCACUGGUAGCGGUAGUGAUGGCGGGGGCACUGGCUACGAAGAGAAUGGUGGAGAGGGUUGUGGGUAUUGGAUUUGUGGCGGGUGGCAAGAUGCGGAUCCCUAUGGGACCAAUUACUGGGAAUUUGUCAAUUGGGGGUGGAAGUGGAAUUGGGGCGGAACAACUUAUUGA